CAGAGCAGCCUUCUUCAAGGAAAACAUGUGACUGAAAUGCACUUUUAUUAAGUAGACAUGGAAUAUAAGGAAAGCCUAAUACAUGAUCUAGGUUCAUCGUGAGUGGCGAGGUGGCCGUGCUCAACUCCACCAGCAUCGAAAUCACGGAGCUUCCGGUCCGGGUGUGGACUCAGGCGUACAAGGAGAUGGUGCUGGAGACCAUGCUGCACAGCUUAUACAUGAUAGGCAGUGGCGUCUCAUAAGGCCGAAAGUGAGACGAAGCCCACGGCGUUUGCGGAGCGCGUUGUGCAAAAGGUCGAGUGGGAAGCGAAGGCAAAAACCACCGGAGCGCGCCGCGGGGCCGCCAAGAAGGCGACCAGCGAUGCUGCUGUCGAUGGCCACGGGGAUGUUGGGGACGGCAACGCUGCAACGUUGACCAGCUUCACCAGUCCUGGCGGCCUUGAACAGGGAACAGAAUCCGCACCCACCAAGGCACCACUGCGUAAACAAGGAGGCGCCACUAAGGACACGUCCUCUAUGACUAAAACAAAGUCCAAGAAGGGAAAGAAGUCACCGUCGGGCUCCGAUUCUUCGGGAAACGACGAGCCGCCCAACAGCGUGGGUUCAGAAGACGACCUCGAGCCUGUGGCGGGCCCUUCACAUCGCCAGCAAUGUGAGGCUCCACAACGAGCACAUUCUCGGAAGAAGCUCGGAGCCGCGGCUAAGACAAAGCAGCGCGACACCAUCGGUGACGAAGGUGACACGGACUUCGUCAAGCCACCCGCCAAGAAACUCGGCGCAGUUUCUCGGGCACACAAGAAGGCUCCAGCGGACGACUCCGAGUCCGACCCUAUGUCAGCUCUGAAGAAGGCAACCAAUAAAAUGAGGGUCCUGUCGUCCUCCUCCUCUGCGGACGAUGACGACGUGCCUGCCGUGCCGCGUUCAAGUCCCGCCAACGGAGGGCGCUCCAGGGCAGUGCCGGUAAAGUACUAUUUAAAAAGCGAGAGCAGUGACGGAUUAUGAAACACCUCAUGUGCUGAGUUACCUGUGGUAUACUGCGUUCUGAUGCUCGCGCCUCCACCUAUGCAUAGAAGAGACAUGUGCGAGCUUCGUGGUGUGUACAUCACAUUGAAUGGCGGUGUGACCGACUGACAUUUUUUGCCGCUUUCAUCAUUGUGACUCUAUAAUGUUCUGGAAUUCUGCACGCGAGUGCAGUGGCCCACUUGGUGACAAGUGUUCCUUAUCCUGCAGACUGUCUCAGUGUGCAUGUUUGCGCUCCUUUUUUUUGUGUCCGGCAGUGACAUGUUCUUAUGGUUUCACCUGGCAGAGGACCCUUUGUAGGAGACGUGCAGUAGCGGUUUUGCUGACGGGCUUUCGUCACCGAAGGAAGAAGCAGAGGGAAAUUACCGAAGAUUUGCCGAUUUUGCAUGUGCAUUCUUUUUUUGGCUCUGUAGGUUCAUGCACCAGGUCGAUGACAUUGUCACUGUCGAGCAGGUUACAGGGCGCCUUAUCGCGCUAGGUACCCAAGUGUUGCAAUUUUAAAAUUUUUAACCAGUUUUAUAUGCAUGUUGAACCAUGUUUACUUCUCCACAAUGGAGGAAGCGAGAAUAAAUGGGCUGCUUUUUUUUCCUGCAGUGAUUUUAAAUUAGUUCCAGGAAGUGCCUCACAUAGCUACUGCGCUGGCAACCUCUCCUGCUUCUUUAUAAUACCUUGCAGUUAAAAUCAAGUCAAGUGUUUUAGCUUUGACAGUACUGGCUUGCGAUCAGUCGUAAUAUGUUUGCAACAUAUUUAAGGAUCCACCUCUUUACUUGUUCUGUUUGUUGUUAUUUGCAUUGUAGUGAAAAAGGACCCCGUUCAGUUCUCGCUGCUGCUGUCUUGACGCCGCUGCCGCUUUUAGUCCAGUGUUCACAUUAGAGCAUUUAUUUUUAUUUGGACAAAUAUAUGGUCGGUGUACGAAUUUCUCGGGCAA